AUGGCUGUUACUUUGACCUAUCUCAUCUAUUCCGUCUGCAAAAACCAUGAGGUAAAAGCAAAACCUGUGGAAGAGCUGUCUACUUUACAUGAGUCAUUCACAGACAAGGACCUUCGCAAUCUGUCUUACCUGGAUAAUAUCAUUACCGAAACACUACGUACACUGCUGUGCCCUGCGGAUUACCUCGAGAUGUGCCACCAGAGGGUGUACACUUCAAUGGUUAUUUCCUUCCUGGGGGUGUGA